AUGACUCGGAUCAAGAUGAUAAUGUGGUUAAAUUUAAUAGAUGCCACUGUGGAUGGCAUUAGUUAUCUUGAUGACAUGAAAAAUAGAUAUCUGAUUGGCAAACCAUUACCUGGAGAAGAUCCAUGUAAUCCACUCUAUUGGUAUCCGAAGAAUAUUCCUGAAUAUUGCUAUUACAAAAUACCAGAAAAACCUAAAAUACCUAAUAAUACACCCCAGCCCUUACCAAUUCCACUACCAAUACCUGUACCUCAUUUACCACAGCCACCUCCUAUAAUGCCCAUGCCACCACCUAUCUUACCACCACCUAUAGUACCCCCAAUACCACCUAUAGUACCCCCAAUACUACCUAUAGGACCUGGUAUGUUACCCAUACCACCACCACCAUUAAUGGUGCCAAUCAAUUCGCCCUUUUUGCCAAUACCUCACUUACCAUACGGAGUACAUCCUCCCUUUAUUCCGCCUCCGCUAUUUGGACAAAACUACGUUCCAGCCCCUCAGCUGGGCUUCGUGCCUGGUAUAUCAGGGAUGGUUUCUCAUGAUGGAGGGAUCAAUGUUUUGCCGUUCUCUGAUGCUUAUUCAGAUAUGUUAGAGAAACAUAAAAAUAAAAUGAUAAGAAAGAAAAUUCAGCGUGUGCUUGACAGCUACGAGAACUUCCCUAGUCGUAAAUACUACAGGCGUUUGAAACAAUUAAAAACACGUUUCAGUUAG